GCUGAGCGCUCAGGCUCUUCCCCCACUGCCCGGUAACACACAUUACACUGUCCGCGAGGGAGAUGCGUAUUGUCCUCCGCCUGGCUCAGACCGCCCGAUGGCUGUUCGGUUGGAGAAGACGAUCGGAAGCUGAGGAUCUGCUCCGCCACUACGCAAGGACGAUGCGCCGCAGCUACGGGAAGGAGGAGCGGGGCCAGCCGUGGACACCGAGUUACGGACUUUACCUCAAGAAUUCUGAGGGUAAAUACAUUUCUCCUUUUCAUGAUAUUCCACUUUACGCAGUAGGUGACAAGGCUUUGUUUAAUAUGGUUGUAGAGGUGCCUCGUUGGACCAAUGCAAAAAUGGAGAUUGCUACAAAUGUUCCCCUGAACCCAAUCAAGCAAGAUGUGAAAAAGGAUAAAAUGCGUUACGUAGCAAAUAUCUUUCCUCACAAAGGUUAUAUCUGGAACUAUGGAGCAUUGCCACAGACUUGGGAAGACCCCUUCCACAAGGAUCCCUGUACAGACUGUGGUGGUGAUAAUGAUCCGAUCGAUGUCUGUGACAUUGGAUCGAGGGUGUGUUCUUGUGGUGAUGUUAUUCAAGUAAAAGUCUUGGGAGCUUUGGCUCUUGUUGAUGAAGGAGAAAUGGACUGGAAAAUUAUUGCUAUCAACCUCGAAGACCCUGAAGCGCAGAUGUUUAAUGACAUUGACGACGUCCGAAAAUACAAACCAGGUUACUUGGAAGCCACGUUAACUUGGUUUAAAUUGUACAAGGUUCCUGACGGGAAGCCAGAAAACCAGUUGGGUUUCAAUGGAGAAUUUAAAGACCGGAAUUUUGCUCUUGGAGUGAUUAAGUCUACUCAUCAAUACUGGCAAUCAUUAAUCUGCAAGAAGGCUGAUGGAGGUAGCAUUAGUUGCAAAAAUGUGACAAUCCACAAUAGCCCUUUCUAUUGUAGUCACAAAGAAGCAGAAACAAUUGUACUUUCAGCACCAGGAUAUGUCAAGCCAAACAGUAUCCCAGACGAAGUGAACAGGUGGUACUUUCUUGGCAAGUGAAUGUUGGUCGCAUCACCACGUGACAGAACAAAUUCUGUUUGCUUCUGAAAACUGAAAAUCCGAAUUGUCUAAAGUCAGCAAUGCCUGAAACAGAUCAGCGAUAUAGACCACAGAAUCGUCAAGGGGAAGCCCUGAUUGGCAGUCACCCAUUAAUGAAUGGUUGAUGAUUGAGCACUGCACCUGUACAAACUGUUCAGGGAGGUAUUACCCAGUUUGUAUGUGGAUUCUAUUUGUAAUUAAUUGAUUUCAUACAGUUUCAUACGGCCAAACUGUGAUGUAAUUAUUUUUCUUAUGUUAUUGGCCCUGCAUUUCUCUAUGAUAGUGUACAUUGUAACUGAUA